GCCGGGUCCAUUUAUGCUGCCCGGCCGGAGCGGAGCUUCCAGUACUGCGGACGCUGGGGUGCCGGAGUGCGAUGUUCUCAUGGAGCUUGUCGGCGCGGCGCACUUUUGCUCACGUUUCCUUUCACAAUGCACUUAGGACUUCAGUAAGAUGUUUGUGUAUUUUGAGAUUAUCCUUUUCUCCUUCGCCUUCAUCGUCUGCGACUUUGUGUAUGCGCAGGAUUCCUCAUGCUGUCACCAUGCUGCAGAAUUGUCACCUUGCAGAGAAGCCUGCGAGCAGCUGCCUCUGAUAAAAAGUGAAUCGCGUUUGAAACACCUUCUCCAGCGAUUACCCAGCUAUUGCCCCGAGUCUAUGCAUGAACUUUGGAUCUGCAUCAACUCCACGUUGCCAGGGGCGUCCAGGAAGUUGGACAGUUGGGUGGGCCUUGGAUGCUGUGAGCUGGCCAUCUCUGCAGACUGUCGCCGUCAGUGCACACUGGUAAGGCCUAUCGGGCCCAAGGAGUGACAUCACAGAGGACUGAAGGACACCCAUGGCCCAAUUUUGUGUUCAUCUUAAAGGAAUUUGUAUCUAAAUUAAAAAUUAAUGACCUUCCCAUUUUCUCAGUCGAAAAAAUGCAUUUUAAUACAGUACAUCUAACCUAACAAACAUCAUAGCCUAGCCUAGCCUACCUUAAACAUGCUUAGAAGACUUACAUUAGCCUACCGUUGGGCAGAAUCAUUAACGCAAAGCAUAUUUUAUAAUAAAAUGUUGAAUAUCUCACACGAUUUAUUGAAUAACAAUACCCAUCGUAAAGGACCAUCAUAAUCUGGGGAGAGUCGGUAUAUAUCUUCAUAGACUGGUACCCAAGUGCAUGCUAAUGGCCCUUACACUGUCUGCGUAUCCACUGU